UGCGACACAAACUCAGUGGUGCGAUGACUGGAGGUGGAUUUUGGAUAAACAUUUGAACUGUUACACCUGAGUAUUAGAAGUGCCUCAGCCUGAAUCAUCUACCGCAGCAUAACAAUGUAUAAGAGUAGCUAUCAGAGUGGCUAUUCAAAAGCCAACCUGGGAUGUUCUGCCAAGAAAAUGCACAAACCAGAGGAGAAGGGUUGUGGUUACUUCAUGAAGAUGGUCUUCUUCUUUUCCUCGCUGAUCCAGUCUCUCAUCAUCGUCAGUCUGGUGCUCUUUCUAGUUUACGGCCAGCCGGAGCAGACGAUAGAAGAGAAGAGAGUCCAGGAGUUGGAACAAAGUUAUAUUAAUCUAACUUUGGAGAAAAAGGAUCUUCAAGGCAAAAUAAAGAACCUCACCAAUCAACUGAAUGUCACUAAGACAGCAAAGAUGGCUGUUGAAAAAAGCUUGAACACGUUUCGCAUCCUGGCAAAAAAUUCCACCAUAACUAUAAAUUUCUUGCAGGUCAAAUGGCAAGAGUGUGAGAUGGAAAAAAAGAAACUCAUCAUUCCCACUUGUCCCGACCGAAUGUGUCCAUAUGGGCUUAAGAAAUGUGAAGACAUGAUAAAACUCAUCCAGGCGAAUUUCACCGAAAAAAUGGCGACAGCGAGACUUAACUUAGAAAGCGCCAACAGAGACAAACUGCAGUAUCAACUGGACGCAAUUGAACUGCGGCGAAGCAAAGUCUCCCUUGAAGAAAGGAUCGAAAAGUAUGAGAAAUCGUGUAAGGAGGAUUUCGUUAAGUCCUUACAAGGAAUCCCGAACGUCACCAGGGAGUUUCUUAAAAAAGUCGACGACUUGUUCAAGAAGCACGACUCCUUCCAGCUGACGUGUGACAAACAAAGCACAAAACUUGAAGACAUUCGUGCAAACUGCAGCAGCCUAUCGAAAGAGGUGGAGAACAAGCUUCAAUUGUAUCUGGACAAAGUGGGGAGUCAGGUCUCGUCAAUUCUAGGCUCAAAUGCCAAAUACCAAACAGAAAACAAACUACUGACAGAGGAUGCCGUUUGGUGCAAGGGGAAUCUCAGUGCCACUGUUGAAGAGAACCAAAAGGCUCGCAAGCAAGCCCAGCUGAACUAUGACCAAGAAAUGGAGAAGCUCCUGCUGCGGGUCAGACAGCUGACCGAAAAUAGCAAUCUUCAACAAAAGCUAGUGUCUGUGAAAGAAGCGGACAUAAAAAUUCUUAACGAGAAAAUCAAGACCCUCAACAUAUCAUUGACCACUUGUCAGGCAACAACAAAACCUUUUAUUACUUCUGGAAGGUCCCCCUCUUUCCCAUGGUCAACUGGGUCACAGAUGGCUGGAACGGGUCGCACUGGGCAAGGUACAGCAGGAUCGAGGGACCUAGGGACAAGUGGAACAUCCUUGUUCAAAACACUGUUGCCUGGAGCAGCACCCAGUGUAAAUGACCAGUUGUCAGCACAAAUCAAUCAGCAUUUGCGAGAGCUUCAACGUUACACCAAAACAGAAUGAAGGGACCACUGACCAGUCCAAAGACCAGUUCAAACUUGUAUAUGGAAUAUAUGUAUAAUAAUAGUUUGUACCACCAUGCUGUUGAGACCUCCGAUCUGGGGUUGGUUUUCCAAAAGCCUCUUCAUGUUAAGAGCAUCUUAACUAGGAGACAGAGUGUUCAUUGUACUGCUCGCGCGACCGUUUAAUGAUGGUCUUUGUGCUACGAUGCUUUUGGGAAACCCAUCCCUGAUUGGUUAGGAGGUGAUGAUUACUUUUCUAUAACAACCUCUCUGACAGUAGUGCCUGCUAUAAAACUAAUAAGUUUAUAUUAACGCGUUGUCGUUUCUAUAGUAAGAGCUCAUUUUGCAAAGAUGGCACUCCGCAUAAUCUCAGUCAUAAUCAUAAUCACAAGUCUGAUGCGUGCUGUUAUUUAACAAAGAAAGAAAAACAUGUAAUUGUUGAUACGGUGAAAUUUUAUUCAUGUUUAUAUAACUUUUGUGGAAGAAGUCUCAGGUUUUCAAUGCUUUGUAACAGUACAUUUUCCUCCACGGGAGAGUCUUUAGGACAAACCAAGCAAAUGAACACUUUCUGGUUUCUUGGGAACAACAAGCAGUGUUUUGUGGGUUUGUUUGUUUUUUUGUCUUAUUAAAUUCGAGAUCGGGGGGGGGGGGGGGGGAGAGAUAUGCUGGUAGGGAAACAACUGUUUAUAAGGUGUAUAAUAUACAGUACAUGAUAACCAGGAACUAACUAGUUCAACAGCAUAAAUGUGACUAUAUACAGUUAUAAAGCUCUUUGUGUUGUUCAGUAAUAACUGAAUGAAAAAUCAGUUCCUGUGGUAUAAAAGGAAUUAAACACUUUUGGAUGUGCUGUUAUACGAAACAGCUCACCAUGCCGUGUUUUAUUCUUUAAUUCACCAGUGUGCAUAUUUUAAUGCAUUGUGAACAGUCGUACUAUUAUCCUUAUGACGUUAAUAAAUUGCAUUUGGCUUGCAUGACGGCACAAAUGGAAUCCAUUUAAUAUAAGAAUAUAAAAUCUUUAAGUCAGACUACUUGCAAUUUUGCACUUAUUUGGUAAAGUCUUCAUAUAUGACCUAAAAAAAAACCCAAUAAUAAUAAAAAUCACAAUUGAAAAUG